CAGCUGGCAACAGCCCCCGAAACCCCCAUCCAACAACCCAUCCCAGGCCACCCCCACCACCAUUGGAACUUUCCACCGGCAAAAUGGCGAUCGCCAGAGCUUUCACAUCUUCUUCCUUGCUUAAUACUUUCAAUCAUGUGGGUAGCCGUGCACUAGGAACCUCUGCAAUACAGUUUGCAGAGGCCAAGAAAACUUCUGUUGCAAAGCCUGGAUUGAAGAACAUUGUUCUUAUUGAUGGUGUCAGAACCCCUUUUCUGAUGUCAGGAACUCAUUAUAACAAGCUUAUGCCUCAUGAUUUAGCAAGACAAGCUCUUAAAAGUCUUGCUUCUCGCCUUUCAUUGGACAAAACUUCAGUUGAUUACAUCUCUAUGGGAACAGUAAUUCAGGAAGUGAAAACAUCAAAUGUUGCACGUGAAGCUGCUUUGGGAGCUGGAUUUUCUGAUAGGAUUCCUGCCCACACUGUAACAAUGGCAUGCAUAUCUUCUAAUCAAGCUAUAUCAACUUGUAGUGGAUUUAUGCAUGCUGGUGUUUAUGAUGCCUGUAUUGCUGGUGGUGUUGAAUUUAUGUCUGAUGUCCCAAUCCGCCAUUCAAGGAAGAUGCGUGCUCUGAUGUUGAAGUUAAACAAAGCUAAAACCACAGGUGCAAGACUUAGCUUGUUGUCACAGCUUUCUUUGAAACACUUUAUGCCUGAACUCCCAGCUGUAGCAGAGUUUUCAACUAAUGAGACAAUGGGUCAUUCAGGUGAUCGCUUGGCUGCUGCCUUUAAGGUAUCAAGAGAAGAACAAGAUGAUUUUGCUCUGCGGUCUCACACAAUGGCUCACAAUGCUCAAGAAGCAGGCCAUCUUUCUGAUUUAGUGCCUUUCAAGGUUCCUGGUGUGGACCAGAUUGUUGAUAAAGAUAAUGGGAUUCGUGUCUCAACAAAGGAGCAGAUGGCCAAACUGAAACCUGCUUUUGUUAAGCCACACGGAACCGUUACUGCUGCUAAUGCAUCCUAUCUUACUGAUGGAGCAUCUGCCUGUUUGAUUUGCACUGAAGAAAAGGCUAAAGAAAUGGGCUGGAAACCAAAGGCAUACUUACGUGACUUUACUUAUGUCUCUCAAGACCCAAAAGAUCAGCUGCUGCUUGGACCAAGCUAUGCAACCCCUAAGGUUCUGGGCAUGGCGGGUCUUAAGCCAUCAGACAUUGAUGUUUGGGAAAUCCAUGAAGCUUUUGCAGGUCAGGUUCUUGCCAAUUUGAAGGCCAUGGAUUCUGAUUGGUUUGGUCAGAAUUAUCAGGGACUUCCUGGGAAAGUUGGUGCUCCACCUAUGGAGAAGCUCAACAAUUGGGGAGGAUCUCUUUCCAUUGGACAUCCAUUUGGAGCAACAGGUGUCCGACUAGUUAUGCAUGCUGCUCAUCGUCUCAUAAAGGAAGAUGGUCAUCUGGCAUGCAUUACAGCCUGUGCAGCAGGAGGUCAAGGUGUCGGCAUGAUUGUGGAGCGUUAUCCAGGUGCUACUAUUUAAGAUAGCUCAGCUGGAGAUCUUUCAGUGAGAUCUUAUGUCUGAGUAGUCAUAUUACCCUUUGAUUACCUGAACCUUGAAAGUCCACAAGUUUACCAGGGUCUAUAUGAAGUUUAUGCAUAGUAUUCAUUUUUUUGAUGGCAGGUGAUGAACUUCUGGAUUUUCCCUCUCAUUUAAGCAAGUAUCAAUGCAAUUUACAUAUUUUAAGUAGUGUAUUUGUAUGGUAAGCUAAUUGUUCUUUGUAUUCUUAGUUCAAUGAGAUUGCUAAAAUAAAUUAUAUUUUCAUAAAUGAAAGAAAAUGUAUACUACUUGUUAUUCAAUAAGCAGUCUAGAACUUUACUUGUAAAUAUAUUUAAUAAAGGUAUUA